UGCCACCAUUAAUAGUUCGGGCAACAGAUCAUUACCCUCACCAGCCUCCAGAAAUGCCAAAUACGAAGAGAAAUUGCCGUCCCUCCUUUGUGUUUGGAAACAAGUGCGAGAAAAGCAGUCGGACAGGACAAGAAUCAUAGAACUCGAAGGUAUCAGCUGAUGACGUGGUGCGUCAGAGACAGACUCUCAUACGACCCCAGCAUCCAACGCCUGGCUGAUUGCACAAACGGAAACUCGAUGGCUUCAUCGCCCAACAACCCAAGAUCCGAUGUAGAAAGCCAACCAGCAGUUGAAGAAUACCUCCCUGGCUUUGCCGAAUUCUCGGCCUACAUCGGCAGCAGUCGUGACCUCGCACUAUUCAGCCGGUUUGACACUUUAGGUGCUCGCAACUUAUUGUACUUCCAACUGGAGCUACUCGCUCUAGAGGAACAGUUGCAAGAACAUGAUCAGGAAGACAGGCAAAUUGUGAAGAAGAAUAGCACUCUUGAUACAGAUGGGAGAUUGGUACCUGGUGGGCCAGCUUGGGAAGUUCUUCUUCCUGCUAAAGAUUGGAAGAGCUUUGUGAGACGAGCGCCGACGGAGGAGAAUAAGUAUUGGAAUGAAGAGUCGCCACCACGUUCACAACCGGACACUGAAGAAGGAAGAAGUGAAGUGAUGGUUGAGCCGACAAAGCUUAAGGAUGAGAGACAACAUCGAAAAAUGCUAACGAUAUUGCGGAUUCGAGAAGUAUUGAAACAAUACCAAGAGGCACUCAUUCUCCAUGCUGAAGUUCUCAAGCUGGACUCCCCUGGCAGCCGUCCCCUAAAAGUCUUCCAAGAAUGGUUCAACAACAAACGCCCAUUCAUGAACACUGCAAACAAUAUAUACACCAAAGACGACAUCAUAGCUUUGCGACCGAAUCCCACUCAAGACCGGCUCUCCAAAACACUUCAAAAAAGAUUCGGAUGGGCAUUCCAAGAAAGGAAACCCAUCCCCAAAUCUUGGGGCUCCAUGACAUUCUACUCCGAAAAACACAUCAGCCGCGCCGUUCAAAUCCUCAGCGUGCUGUUCUCUGCCUUCGCCCUAACUGCCGCCAUUAUCUGUCUUCAUUAUGCGAAAACGAUAGCUCAGAGGUUUGGAGCUUUUGGAGGGUUUAUUUUUGCGUUUGUGUUAGUUAUUGGGACGUUAACUGAUGCGAAGACGUCGGAGAUGCUAGCUGCCACUGCUGCGUAUGGCGCUGUGCUGGUGGUUUUUAUUGCUACAGGGUUACAAGACAAGGGAAAAUGUGACUGUGAUGUCCCGUCACCGACCGGGGGUUGAAUAGACGAAAAGAGGAAAGUAAGGAUAUACCUUGACAGAAGCUUGUCAGUGUCACUUAGUCUUUGCAAAAUACAGCUAGUAUACCUUUUAUGCACAAUCGUUGUUGCAAUUCAAUAUCAAAGACCAACUCGUA